CACACAUUGGCUAGACUUGACCCAGUUGGCACUGCUCAGAGAUGGUCACAAACUGUUCAAAGAAGGUCAUACCAUGCCGUCUCACCUAACAGUAUAUGGCACAUUGACAGUCACAUGAAGCUUAUAAGGUGGGGCUUUGUUGUACAUGGUGCUAUCGAUGGCUUUUCCCGUCUAAUACCUUAUUUAAGUUGUGCUACAAAUAAUUCUUCAUCCACGGUGCUACAGACUUUCUGCAGGGGUGCUCUACAGUAUGGAUUACCAUUAAGAGUGAGGUCUGACCAAGGCACAGAAAAUGUUCAGGUAGCACUGCUUAUGAAUGCCAUCAGAGGAUUACACCGUGGCAGCCAUAUAACUGGACUUUCUGUCCACAACCAGAGAAUUGAAAGGCUAUGGAGAGAUGUAUUUCAACAGGUUCUCUUCCCCAUCUACAAAGAAUUUUAUGAAAUGGAAGAUAAUGGAAUACUUGAAGAAGGCAACAGUUUACACAAAGGAUGUCUACAAUAUGUUUACUACUCAACAAUUAAUCAAAGAUUGGAAAUGUUCAGAGAAGGCUGGAAUAAACAUAGAAUUAGAACUGAACACAACAGAACACCGGAACAAAUAUGGUUUGAUAGCUUGUCCACUAUAUCUCACCAAACAAGUCUGUCUGACAUGAAUACACAACAGUUUAGAGAGAGUUUAAUAGAACAUUUACAAAGAAUAGGUGCAUCAUUUUCAGAUGAUGCAUAUAUGGAGUCUCAGGAGACAUUCAACCCACUUGAAAUGUCUGUCCAAAAUCUACAGAUACUACAAGAUGCUAUUCAGCUAGAAACAAAUUUAAAAGAUAAAUAUGCAUGUUGUGUUCAAAAGGCCAAUGAGCUAUUAACAGAUACCCAAACAUAGUGUCCACUCCAUUUUGCAUGUAGUAUUAAAAAAUUGUUCAUGAGUACAUUGGCAAGGUCCAGCAUCGACAGUAAUGCAUACUACAUGGUAAACAGCGUGUUAUA